AUGGAAUCGGAAAGUAAAGAUGCUACUAUAGAUGUUGCUGAUAAUGAUAAUGGUGAUACAAAAUCAAUGGAAGAUAAAUGGCCAUUAGGAUAUUCUGAUGAAUCACCAUCAUUAUUGGCAGAAUUGAAAAAUACGGAAUGCCAAAUAUUAAAAUUUAUUGAAAAACAUUCGUCGGAAAACAGUCAAAAACAAUCUGAACAAGAAGAACCAUUUAAUGAAUUUGAGUUUGAAAAUGAAAGUUGUAAUAAUAUAUUACAAAAUAAAGAUAGAAAUCAAGAAAUAAGUUUACAAUCCAUUGAAAGAAAUCAAAAUUUGACAAAUCAAGAAAGAAGUUUACAAUCCAUUGAAAGAAAUCAAAAUUUGACAAAUCAAGAAAGAAAUUUACAAUCCAUUGAAAGAAAUCAAAAUUUGAUAAAUCUUCAUUGA